AUGUCCCUGGGACCCCCCAACAGCGCGCCCCUCCCCUCUUCCUUUGACGAAAAUGCCGACUUCUACAAUGAAAACACCAUGGACAAGAUAUGGCGCCGUCUGCGCGAAGAGCCCCUCGUGCCCCUCGGCUGCGGCCUCACCGUCUGGGCCAUUGUCGGCGCAACCCGCUCCAUGCGCAAGGGCGACCAUAAAAUGACCAAUCUCUACUUCCGCCGCCGUCUCUACGCCCAAGCAUUCACCAUUGCCGUGCUCGUCGCCGGAAACAUGUACUGGCAAAAAGACCGCGUCAAGCGAAAGGAGUACGAAGCAAAGGUCGCCGACAAGGAGCGCAUGGACAAGAGGGAUCGCUGGCUCAGGGAGUUGGAGAUGCGUGAUGAGGAGGACAAGGCGUGGAAGGAGAGGAUGGCCAAGAGGGCUCGAGGCGCCGCCGACGAGGCCAAGGGCGUCACUGACAUGGUUGCGGAGAAGACCAAGGAACUAAAAGACCAGACCUGGGGCAAAUAA